AUGCCUGACUUCACCAACAAAUUAUGCAUCAUCACCGGCGCCGCAUCAGGCAUUGGCCGAGCCACAGCAACCAAAAUGGCAUCUCACGGAUCAGUCCUUGCACUCAGCGAUAUUAACAUGAAAGGUCUACAAGAAACGAAAGAAUUAUGCAAAGACUCUGAAAAGCAUUCCAUCGAAAUCCUUGACGUCGGAUCCUCUUCUGCCGUCAAUGGGUACAUCGAGAAGCUUGGACGGAAUGUGGAUUUUGUAUUCAAUUGUAAUCCUACGGCUUACGAAUUGACGGAAACGACGGAUGAGUACUGGGACAAACUCACCAACACCAACCUCCGAGGAACUUACAACAUGACCAGGGCUUGCAUACCUCAUAUGACUUCUGGGUCCUCUUUCGUCAAUGUUUCCAGUAUCAUGGGAACGGGCGUUGCGCCGAGAUUUGCGAUUUAUUGUGCGACGAAAUGGGGGAUUGUGGGCUUUACUAAGGCUAUGGCCCUUGAACUCGGACCUAAAAACAUCCGAAUCAAUGCCGUAGCUCCAGGAUAUAUUGACACUCCUACCAAUGCUGCGGUUGUGGCUGGAGCCGAAGCUGUCAAAGAAGAAGAGAAUCGCGUCGCACUGGGGAGGUUGGGAACUCCGGAGGAGAUUGCUGAUGUUGUGGCUUUUCUGUUCAGUAAUGAGGCGAGAUAUGUUACGGGAAGUGUGAUUGAGAUUCAUGGUGGACGGAUGGCUUGA